AUGAGAGAACCCAUUGCUAUUAUCGGCACCGCCUGCCGACUUCCUGGCGGUGCCACUUCUCCUUCAAGGUUCUGGGAGCUUCUGCAACAUCCACGCGACGUGUUGAAGGAGUGCAAGCCCUAUCAAUUGGAUCUGUCGAGCUUUUACAAUCCCAAUGGCGAGCACCAUGGCAGCACCGAUGUUCCCAAUCAAUCUUAUCUCCUGGAAGGAAACACCCGCCACUUCGAUGCCUCUUUCUUCAAUAUCAACCCGGCCGAAGCGGAUGGGAUGGACCCGCAGCAGCGAAUACUACUUGAGACGACCUAUGAAGCCCUCGAGGCGGCGGGAUACACACUGGAGCAACUGCGUGGCUCUCCCACCGCCGUCUUUGUCGGCGUCAUGACCUCCAACUACCAUGAUAUCCAGACCCGCGAUCUCGACAACAUUGGCAGGUGGCAUGCCACAGGAACAGCUCCCAGCAUCCUCUCCAACCGAAUCUCAUAUUGCUUUGAUCUAAAGGGCCCAUCGAUGACGAUCAACACGGGAUGCUCCAUUUCACUGGUUGCACUCCACCAGGCGGUCCAGAGCUUGCGCAGUGGGGAAGCAACCAUCGCGAUUGUGGCAGGCGUCAACCUCCUACUGGAUGCUGGCACCUAUGUCAGCGAGUCCAAAAUCCACAUGCUCUCUCCCACGUCCCGCUGUCGGAUGUGGGAUGCAGAUGCAGACGGUUAUGCGCGUGGGGAGGGAUGUGCGUCAGUCAUUCUGAAGCCACUGAGUCAGGCUUUGGCUGAUGGUGAUGAUAUCGAAUGCAUUAUCCGGGGCACGGGGGUCAACUCUGAUGGCCGCUCCGCUGGGAUCAUGAUGCCAAACCCAGAGGCGCAGGCUGCCUUAAUCAAACAGGUAUAUGAAAGCUGCGAGCUAGACCCCGUCCGGGAUUGCUGCCAGUAUUUUGAAUGUCAUGGGACAGGGACACAGGCCGGCGACCCGGUGGAAGCUGAGGCCAUUCAAUGCACUUUCUUCCCCGAAGGCAGCACGUUCCCCCCUGAAGAGAGGCUAUAUGUGGGAUUGGUAAAGACGGUUGUUGGGCAUCUUGAGGGCUGCGCUGGUCUGUCCGGUCUUCUCAAGGCGGUCCUGUGCAUUAAACAUCGAACCAUCGCUCCCAAUAUGCUCUUUUGCAAACUCAACCCAAGCAUUCUCCGCUUCUACGAUCAUUUAAAAGUUCCGACGCAAGCUAUUCCGUGGCCGUAUGCGACCCCAGGAGACCCAUUGCGUGCGAGCAUCAAUUCAUUCGGCUUUGGAGGGACCAACGCUCACGCCGUCAUCGAGAGUUUCCCUUCUCCAACUCCUUCAAAUUAUGCUCCGGGUUCCGCUGGGAACAUUGUGAUUGGACCCCUCGUCUUCUCGGCGAAUACAGCAGAAUCACUCCUGUUGAACGUGAAGAAUGUGGCCGCAUUUAUCAACGCCCACCCUUCAUUGGACCUCAAUGACCUUGCAUGGACGCUGAGCACCAAGAGAAGUGUGUUACCAUUCAAAAUCUCCUUCACAGGCUCUACCCGGGAGGAGCUAUUAAAAUGCAUGAAUACCACAGUCCAAGCGUCGGAGGCCAGCCCAGACAUUGGCUUCGGUAUACGCAUUCGCAGAAGCCCAAACGAGUCAGGAAAUAUCUUGGGUGUAUUCACUGGACAAGGCGCACAAUGGGCAAAUAUGGGAGCAGACCUCAUUCACUCAUGUCAGACCUCCCGUGAAUCAAUCAAUCGCUGCCAGCAGGCCAUGACUUGCCUCCCCGACGGACCCUCCUGGUCCUUGGUCGAUGAACUUCUGGCUGACGAAACGUCGUCACGACUGUCAGACGCCGCGCUAAGCCAACGCCUGACUACUGCUAUUGAGAUUGGGGUCUAUGAUCUACUCCAUGCAGCAGGGAUCCAUCUGAAUGCCGUGGUGGGCCAUUCGUCCGGGGAAAUUGCGGCGGUGUACGCGGCAGGCAUCCUAUCUGCCGAGGACGCAAUGAAGAUCGCCUAUUACCGUGGGAUGCAUGCAAAAUCGGCAAAGUUCUCGCGGCAGAACGGCGGCAUGAUAGCUGUUGGCAUCUCGUAUGAUGAUGCGAGGGCAUUCUGCGCCCAGCCUUCAUUUUCCCGGCGGCUGGUCGUGGCCGCUAGCAAUGCUCCGACGAGCGUGACCUUGUCGGGAGAUCUGGAUGCAAUCCAUGAAGCAAAAAAGGCCUUUGAGGAGACCAGAACGUUUGCCAGGAUUCUGAAGGUGGAUGUUGCGUAUCAUUCGCACCACAUGCGGUCUUGUGCGCAGGCGUAUCUGGCAUCUCUGGAGGGCUGCAGAAUUCAAGUCCGUCAACCAAAGACGGACUGUGUGUGGAUCUCCAGCGUUACAGGUGCCACGAUUUCCGUGGAUGACAAAAUGACAUCCUCGCUUGCUGGGCAGUACUGGGUAGAGAACAUGCUACAACCCGUGCUCUUUUCUCAGGCCAUCCAGCACGCGGUCAAUGGUUCACGAUUCGAUAUUGGCAUUGAGGUAGGACCGCACCAUGCCCUGAAGGGUCCAGUGUUGCAAACGAUGAAGCUGGCUAUCGGCACUGAUAUCCCAUAUUUCUCCAUCUUGAAGCGGGUAUCCCUGACGUGUAUGCCGCAUCUUCGGCCAUGGGUUGCAUGUGGCAGCAUCUAG